CUCUUUCGUUGUUGUGUCUCGGAGGAGCUCUCUGAACUUAAACGACGCGUUUCUAGUUUCCGGUAAGCAGACGACGGUGUUGGUCAUGGAGAUAGGAGAGAUAGAGAUAGCGAAACAGAGAUGCGAAUCGGUUAUAAGAACAAUCGAGAAUCUUCCUUUAUCAACUGCAAUCACUGCUUCGUGCCGUCGCACACUCCUUAAGCUCGCUUCCUCCGAGCUCUCCUUUCUCUCGUCUCUCUCUUCUGAUCCUUCUCCGAAACCUCUCAGUGUCAACAUUGGCCACAUUGAAUCAGUGGUACGGAUUUUACAGCUUCCGUCUAUCACCGGCGUUUCGCGCGUUUGCAAACCGAUUCCUCUUCCGAUUGGUGGCGUUCAUGUUGAUCUCGUUUGUACUCUCGGAAAAGUUCCUGUAUGGAUCAUCGUCUCUGAUAGAAACCCUAGGUACAUCUCCUGGAACGGUGAUCGCCAUGGAAGCAAAGGUUUAAGAUCUAGAAUCGAACAGAUUCUCGCCGCUGCUAAUUCCACAACCACGCUUAAACCUUCUUCGGUGAUUCUGUUCUUCGCAAAUGGUCUCCCUUCUUCAGUUUACGAGAAACUGAAAGAUGAAUUCGGAGCUGUGUAUUUCGAUUUUGGCUUCGAUUCUGAUUCGGAUUCGGAUAUCUCAAUGCUCGAUGAUUUUGAUUGCGAAUGGGUUAACGUUGUUCGAACCAGAUCAUAUAAAGAAGCAGUUUCUAUUGAGAUCAAGCUGAUAGAUCAAUGUGAUUCACUUGCUUCUCCUGAAACUGAGGUUUUAGUUCAAGCAGAGGUCACAGAGCUAAGUCAAAAAGAUGCUUUUUCUACUGUAAUCUCCUCCAUGAGAUUGCUUGGUGAAGACUGUCUCAUUAAUUUCGACACAACGGCUCUUGUUGCUCUCGUUUCCGGAAUCAGUAAUGGGUGUGCAGAGAGACUCGUGGAUAUGCCUGAGAUCGAAUUAGAAGAAAAGUUUAAGGGCAAUACCGUUUUUGUGAUUGCUCAGGCGAGAUCUGAAAUUGAGAAGCCAGGCCUUGUCAAAGUGGGAACUGUAUUAUCAGGGAAGCGUGGUAUUGUAUGCAAGAGUGUUUUCUCAGAGUUCAAGGAGUUAGUAUCCAUGUAUGCUGGACCCAAUGAGAAACUCAGAGCUGAACAGUUAUUGAAGAGCCUAAUGGUGGUAAAUGACAAUCCCUCAGAGCGUGUGAUGAGUCUCCCAACAACGAGGAAGUUAGCGAUGAAGAACAAGACUGUGUUUGGGACAGGUGAUAGAUGGGGAGCUCCUACCUUGACUGCAAACAUGGCGUUUGUCAGAGCCGUGGCUCAGUCGGGCAUGUCUCUUUCCACUAUUGACCAUAGCCCUCGAGCUCUCACUGGCGAUUAGUCGUGUUAAAGUUCAAACUUCUACCUAUUCUGUAAUUUUGUAACUUCUGUAGACCAAACCUUGUAGUAUUAGUAGGUCAAACAAAGCAAAAAGCAGAAACUUACCAGUUUGCUAUUGUUUGGUGUAGAUGUUGUUGUCUAAGUAAUAGUAAUGAAUGUGGAACAGAAAGAAUCGAAUUUUA